UUCCCAGCCCUCAGCACGAGCAGAUCUCUCCGAAGAGGACGUCCACGGUCGAGGAGCUCCGCGUACUGCACGCGCGUCAACAAGUGGCCCAGCUCUGGUCAGCCCCAUGGUCGCACGCGAUGAUCACCUGAAGGCGUGAGAGUGUAUGCGGCUAUGUGGGCCGUGGUAGCGGCCGCGUUCUGGGUGUGCGUGGUGGCCACUCCGCAGCCGCUGCACCUGGAGCGGGACUCCUUCAGAAGGCCCGGCGUCUGGCAGAAAAGGGACCAGCAAGCCAUCGGACAGAAUCCUGCCGCAGACGUAACGCAACACUUGCCACAGCUGGUGGCGGUCAACUCGCAACUCAUGCUGCGCUCACCCAGAGGCUCACGCCAGUACGACGUGCCCCAGAUAGAAUGCCCCCCCGCCGCCGACGGCAUGGAGCGGUUCGCAUGCCCCACCCCCGACAGGCAGGGCCGCUACCACUGCAUAGACGACCACGUCCUUUGCGACGGUUUUAUAGACUGUCCCUCCGGGGAAGACGAAGACCGGCAGGCCUGCAUGUUCUACAAAACGACGAAGGCGCACCUGGACGUAUUAGCCGACGCGCUUCUGCGGUGGGCGCGCGGACGUUAACCCCCUAUGCCUCCGGGCGGUCGGGGGACGCCCGAAGUCAGGUCCGCGCGUUCCUCACCGCCCCACCUCCGCCCACCGACUAGCGUAUACUUCAGAGAGUUAAAAGACUUCGCAAGUAGCAGCCGCGGACGACACACCACUGGAUGGAGUACUAGGGGACUUUGCUCACCAAAAAAAACAACACAACAACAACAACAAAAAAUCUGACUCGGAAGCAUUAAGAGAAUAAGUCAUUCAACAAUAGUGGUCUGUGUGUGUGGGUCCCGUCAAGCUGCAGCUCGCUGUGUAGUUUCAUUCCCAAUAGUGCAUUCCACUAGGAGCCUCUCCAACUGAACCUCCCUCGGACGUCUGAAGAAGGCCUUAGCUACUUUUAUUCCUUCUAUUACACCCCGUUUUCUUGCAGAUCAGACCGGUAGUUGGUGCUCUGUAGCGUUGGUUCUUUUCCCGAAAAUCCGACACUGCGCCAAACGAUGCUCGUUUGGUGGUGUGUGGAAAGUCAAUCAAAUUGUUUAGAAGAUAAAUGAUACGUUAAAGCCUGUUUGUUACAAAUUUAUCACUGUUAAUAUUGUUAAUAUUCUAAAAAAAAAAAAGAAAGUAUGAGAGACUUAUAUUGUGACCAGUCUCGACUCGUUAGAUCGUUCGGAAGGAGCUCGAGAGCACUCGGAAAGCCCCAAAACGCUCAACGCCAGCCACUAUACGCACUUAUAAUAAAUCAUGUAGAAACCAAGAAAAUUAUAUAAAAAAAAAAAUGAUACUUAGGUGUAGUCUAUUAUACUAAGUGUGGCAUUGUACGACUAAAUAUUUAUUGAAGAAUCAUGCUUUCGAUGUAAGAUAUAUUUAUAAUUACGCACUUAUAGACAACUGGCUGCUGUUAGGAGUUUGUUGAGGGCGAAGGAGCACAUUCUGCGGCAAAAACACGGAGGCUGGGCCGUCGUUCGGAAACCGGUCGCUACGCGAGAGGCGUCAGACGAGGACGAAAAGACGACGAGGACGAAGGGAAGGACGUGUGUCAGUUAAUGGUAUCGGGCGAUGAUUCCGCGUCAUCCUGAGCCACCGAAAUCCAUCAACUGACAUUUUAAAGGCAGUAGUCGACGGAUUCCCAACAACGGUUUUAAUGUUUUUCCCCCAGAAUGUGCCGGAUUCGUAGCGGAAGCGUCAAAAAGAGGGAUGUUUUUCGUCUCGAGAAAACCGAAAAAUUAGGUCGUAAGUUUAACUGGUGAGGCAGUUUGUUACUAAAUAAUUAAAAAAGAAAAAUAACUAAAAACGCGUAUAGCUUAUGAAGAACUGACGAUAAAAGCGAUUUAUUUUUGUACUCAUUGCUGUGGUCUACGCAAGGUCGUCCUGAAAAAUAUCCUUCUUGGGCUGCACGAGUCGAGACAUUAGAGUCGGCUAAUUGAGUUUAGUUUCCUUGUAUUUAAUCUACUAACCGAAAGAAGAAAAAGAGCUCUGGAUCAGUUUGCGUUCCGUUGAAAACAUUUUUCGUUUAAGACUCGAUAUGAACGAAGAAGCAUCGGCCUACGAACCUAGCUUGUAGCUGAAUACGUAGACUUCCGUGGCUGCAAGUGUUUACAGCAGUCUCCGGUGUGGAAAUCGAUUCUGGAACUCAAAACAACUGGAAGCGGUUCGCGAGUCAAUAACCUCCGUAAUUCGGGAUACACGUCCCGAUUAAUCAUCGGGAGAAAAAGGUAUAAGCGAUGGAUGAGUUAUGGGGAGCUAGAGAACUGCCAGAACGGUGAACGCUUGCAGCCAUGCAAACAACCAAACAGGGGAAAUUCGGACCCUCGAAAGAAAUUAUUUUUCCACACACACAUACGCAAAAGAUAUGAUUAGGUUUUAGUUGUUUCUCAGGGUCAAAAGGCAUUAAUGUUCCACAUUCCUUAUCCACGCGAUCCUUCCUAUCGCCCGAGAACGUCUCUUCUUCGGAGGGUUCUUCGGGCACUCUCAAAAAGAAUCGUUCCUGACGUAGAAACUAAGAACUGCACUGCUGCACGAGAGCACUAAAUGCACCAAUUUUCCUUCGUCGUAUGUGUUGGAGUUUUUCGUUUCGUUCGUUCGUUCCUUCGUUGGUUGGUUUAAUUCAUUUCUUUGUGUUUUUGUUUUUCUCAAGUGCACGAUUAUACAGCGCUGAAGUGAUGUGAAGUAACGGCAAAGCCGAGUUUUUUAAUGUGAUAUAUUCCUGCCACUGAAACUUUACAGUGUUUUCUCCUAAUGUUUAACUGUGUGUGACUUUUUAUCAAUAUUUAUAGAAUCGGCCGACUCCUUAAAUUUAAACUAAAUGUUAUUUUUGUACGUGCGCCGGCUCAACGACGUUGAUUUCGCUUCGUUUUGCGUUGGUCAAGAGGGAGCUGAUUUCUCAUUAUUCUAGUCAAUUUCUAGUCUGUAAACGAUAACCAAAGUAAUAAACAACAUAUAUCAAGUGUAACUUGCAAUAAUUAUUAUCAUCGUACUUGUGUGUCAUAUAAAAUUUGAAAGUUACUUUUUGAAAUCUAUUAGUGAAAGAGACACAAUCACUUUCGUCGAAUUUCGAGAUCAAUACGAGCGAUUUGAAACGUAAUUUUUGAAUGUUAUAUUAUUGAACUCGAGAAAGCAUCGUUUGAAAUUUUUAGUCCAAGUUCCUGUAUUGUAGUUUAAGUUGAACAUAAGUAAUAUAUAAUGCGUUAGGACGCGACGCGCUCUAAUUUAACAAUUAUUUUUGUACAAAACUAUAAGCGCUAAGUUGUGGAAGGUUUCAAAAAUGCUUUCGGACCCCGACCGGGUUAGUGUAACAUUUAAGGAGUCCCGACACGGCACCUGCACAUAAAUUAUAAUAUAAAUUAAAAAGUAAUAAAAAUAUAUUCUAUAAAAUAUGAAGAUAUUUAUUUUUUACGUGUUUAGUUUUGACUAAAGUAGUAACUGUUCAUAUGAAUGUUUAUAAUAACAAGAAAAUCUGCACUGAUCUCUCUAAAUUUUGGUACAUGUGUUCUAUUAUAAUAGAUGUCACCAUGCACUAACGCACAAACCGGCGCCGCAAGACACCGGCGACGCCCGCCCCCGGGCGUCCCCCGCGUCUUGCCGCCCCCUCCGCACUUAGUCUAGUGAAAUUGUCGCAACCAAAAAGUCCCGCUCCUCAUCCUCGACUCCUCUCACCCAUGAUUGACCCGAAACCGGGCGGGCGCGCCGCCACCGGAGCCGCGCCGGCGACUCUAACACUUAUUGAAACUGACGGCCUAAAUAUUUUUAUAAAUGAAGAAAAUAAAAUAGAUAUUCGUUGACUGAUCAUUCUGCGCCUGUCAUAGUUUUUUCAAAGACGCCGGGUCGUCUCCCACGCAGACGUACACCGCCGGCCCGGCCCGGCCCCGACGCCGGCCCGCCCGCGAACCGCUACCUUAUUAAUGUGUAAAUGAGUAUAUUUUACUAUUAGCCUAUUUAAAAACAGUAUGAUGUACAAUAUAUUACGAUACGAUGUACUAUACUAGAAAUCGGAGGUGCGCUAUUUACAGAUCGCAGAGUGUCCAAGUGACAUCUCUAAGAGUAUGGGGUAACAUCUAUCCUGAUACAUACCUAUUAUUAUUAUAACAGUAAAUAAUUAUAAAUGUACAAUAAAUGCCUCAGCCAAUAAAAUGGUCUUAAAAUUGA